UUGAUUCAGGAUUCUCAUGGCGAGCCGGCAGCACCACCACCACCUCCUGAAAAGUCAGUGUCUCCACCGGCCUACCCGAAACGGCCAGAGCCGCCUGAAGAACCCGAAGCACAUUCUCAGGAAUCCGCGAAGUCAGAACAUAGUAAAGGUUCUCCUGUAUCACCUGCCGCACCAUCUGCGCGCCCUACUCCAGACGACUUGGCUGCAGAAUCUGAGAUGAACGAGGAAGCUGACGAUUCGGAGAUGUCCGAGCAAGACACUGGAGGAAGAAAAAUCAGGCAAGGGAUCUUCGAAAUCUACUAUAAAGAUAAAUCCUCCUGCAUAUCCUGUCACGAAGGAUCAGAUACACUCAGCAUCACCAUCAAAAGACGAUCAAGCAAGACACGUGUAGCAGCAACUGCUACACCGCCUUCGAUUGCACCAACUGCACCGCCGUCAACUGCCCCAGAACCACCCUCCAUUCCUACAGGCGCUUCGACUGCACCUGAAGCGAAGUCGUCUGUAGAAAGUGGUCGUGAAUCACCCGAGGGUGGUUCUGCUAUGAACGGGUCUAAGGAAACAGAGGGAAUUCAGGGAGAAAACAGUCAAUCGGCGGGAAAGAACAGCCAUGAAAUGCAGAUCCAUGAAGAGCUUAAAAAGGCCGGUUCCCAUGCGGAAAUGAAAGCCAUUGGAGAGCAGUAUGAGAAGGGGACUGAUGAGGUUGAAUCGGCAAGGGCCUCCAUGAACACCCAAAGUGGUUCUGCCCCGAAAGUUGAUCAUUCUGGAAAACAAGUAGAGGCUGAGGAAGCGUUUGACAGGUCCGUAGCCGAGAGUGAAUGCUGCUGA